AUGUUGACGUUACUUCUUUCCUCUCCACAACCACCACACGUCAACGUCAACGUCAACGCCAACGCUCCACCCCACCACCACGCCGCCGCCAUGCCAGGUCUCGCAACCCCUGCUGCCGCUAACAACCCCACCCGCUCAAAACUGACAACAACCACACAUGCAACAAAAACAACCAGCAAACGACGAUCAAGGCCCAACAAACGACCACGACCCCCUAGCAACAACGACAACCCCAAUCAACGGAAACCACGACCGGCAAACGACGACCAGCGCCCAGGACGCCCACGAAAAUCGACGAGCGGUGCACACCACGGCCCCCAAACCACGAACGACCCCAUGAGCCAGCUGGGUUACGUCGCAGUCGGCGACGUGGCAACUACGCGACACAGACAGACGACGACGACGUCGUCGUCAGUAUAUAUUGGGUACACCGUCGACCGCCCACUGGCGAUUGACAGACAGCACCCCCCACAUCACCAUGCCACCCCUCCCCAAAGGAAGGGGCAUGCCGCCCGGCAGUGGCCACCUCACGACGCGAAACGACGCCAGGCAGGACAGACCCCAAUCAACGGCGUGAUGAUGGUGUCGAAAGACAUGAUGACGAGAGCGAACAGACGACGGACAACGACGAGGGCGUACGAACCAGGGACGACGACGAGAGCAAAUGGACGACGACGAGAGCGAACGGACGACGACGAGGGCGUACAAAUGACUGACGACAACGACAACGAGGGACUACAAACGACGCACGGCGACGACGAAGACGCGAUGAGCGCCCACCACCCACACACGGCGACGAGGCUCAAUACCCCACCCCCACCUUCACCCCCCCAUCUCUCACUGCCCACCAACCCCCUCCCCUCCUUCACUAACCACUUCCUCCCCUUUACUGCCCAUCACCCCCUCACCUUCACUGCCUACCACCCCUCUCCUUCACUGCCUACCACCCCUCCCCCCUUCCCUGAUUGCCCACCACCCCUCUCCCCUCCCUCAUUGCCCACCACCCCUCUCCCCUCCCUCAUUGCCCACCACCCCUCUCCCCUCCCUCAUUGCCCACUACCCCCACCCCUUUUCCUCACUGCCUACCACCUCCCUCCCUCACUCCCCCUUCCCUUUAUUUAA